AUGUCGGGUAGUCUUCCUCAACGACGUAGUUUACCUGAUUCAGCUUUUUCUUCAUGGUCGAACAUAAUUAAUGAUAAUAAUGAUGCACAACAAUUUCAACAAAUCAUACGCGAUCGACGAGGUAUAUGUUCAACGAAUUUGAGACAAUUUUUACGUAAAGACUUUAUUCGCUCGUUCAAACCAUUAAACGCACACAUCAAAUCAUGGUCGCAUCAUCAACCUAUAUGUGAACACGAACGCGAAGAUAUCCAGAAGAAAGCAUUCACUAAAUGGAUCAAUAAUCAAUUGGCUACCUCGGAUUCAACUCCAACUAUCAACGAUUUAUUUCAAGAUUUACGUGAUGGUGUUAUUCUUCUUCGGUUACUCGAAGUACUCACUGGAAAUGAACAUAAACGAGAGAUUGGCAAGAUGCGUGUACAUCACAUUGGCAAUGUUAAUAAAGUCAUCGCUGUACUUGGAGAAUAUGGAAUAAGACUGCUUAGUAUAUCAUCCAAUGAUAUUGUUGAUGGUAAUCCAAAACUGACUCUUGCACUCAUAUGGUCGAUAAUUCAAUAUUGGCAAGGUAAAGAUGUUUUAAAAUCAGUUGUAUCAAAUCCUCAGCAAACCAAUGUGGAAAAAUUUCUUCUCAAUUGGUGUCAACAACAAACAAAAGGAUACAAAGGUGUUGUUAUUAAAGAUUUUACAACAAGUUGGCAGGAUGGUCUUGCUUUCAAUGCACUUAUUCAUAAAUUCCGUUCGGAUCUAUUCGAUUAUGCUGAUAUUUUACAAAACGCUGCCGCAAGAAAUCUCGAAAAUGCUUUUACUAUUGCCAAAAAUAUCUUCAAAAUUGAUCGUUAUCUCGACGUCGAAGAUGUUCUCUCUGAAUAUCCGGACAAGAAAUCAAUAUUGAUGUAUGUGAUGUGUCUCUUUCAACAACUACCAGCAAGUCAUAUUGUUAUUGAGGACAAAGAGAAAAAUGGUCUAUCGACGACGAUGAUGUCCAUGAAUACAAGAAAUAGUUUGAAGGAGACAAAGUCUCCAUCUCCGCCUAGUUUAUCUUCGAAAGUUUCGUCAGUGACAGAAUCGCGAACAAUUAUGGAAACAUCACAAUUGACUACGUAUCAAAGCAAUAUGGAACGACUUGUUCAAUGGAUAUUGAAAUUAGAAGAACAACUCGAUCGAGAAGAGAAAGUCUCCACGAAUGAUCUUAAACGUGUCAAAGAACAAUUUCAAAAACAUGAAGAUUUCAUGAUCAGUUUGACAAAAGAUCAAAAUCAAAUUGGUCAAGUUCUCGAAGAAGGCAAUCGUCUACUCUCCUCUGCUGAUGUCCAUCUACAAUUACGUGAAGAAAACGAAAUCAAGGAACAAAUGAAGAUUCUCAAUCGACGUUGGGAAUCGUUACGUACCAAAGCUCUGGAACGACAAUCAUUAUUACAUCGAACAUUGAUGAAACUUCAAAUUGAUCAGAUUGAAUCUUUCGAUGUUUGGCUUACUCAAGCUCAACAGAAUAUUGCUCAACAGUUAGAAAGUAUCGAACAGGAUCUAGUUGGCGUCGAUCGACAGUAUCGUCAUCUAGCUCAAUUACAAGAUGAACUAGUGUCUCAGCAACAGAUCACUGAGUCUUUACAGAACAUGGUCAUUGUCAUUGAUGAUACAACCACGAAUGGUACAGACGCUCCUGCGUCGAAGUACACAUCCAUGGAAAUCGAAGCGAAACUGUUAGAUCUAAGUGAGCGUUGGGCGAGUAUCUGUACGUUCGUGCAGAAUCGUUGGGUACAAUUACAAGAAGUUAAAAUCGAACUCGAACAAGUACAGGUCAAUCAAGAUAAAGUGAAUCGAUGGCUAACACGUAAGGAAGCUGAAGUAUCGAAAAUUCUGGCCGAAACGAACCUGACUGAUACAGACACACUCAUGCAACAAGUUCACUCAAUUAAAAAAACUGAAUCGGAGAUUGAAGAUAUCCGGCAAGCUAUACUUGCACUAGAUAACAGUUUAAAAGUGUUAAGUACGCAUUAUGACAGUAAAACAUCAAUUUUAUUAAAACGAUUAAAUGAAACAAUGAACUCUUUCGAUAAACGUUGGGAACGUUUGCUCGAUAAUCUUGAACAAUGUUCAUCACGAUUAAAAAAAACUCAUUUAAAUAUCGAAACAAGCGUUAAAACAAACAUUAGACCAGACAGUGAUACAGUUGAAAAAACUAUCACGACAAUUGUUGAAGAAACAACAAUUAAAAAACGUAAAAUUGAAAGCAAUAAUAGUCUCCGACAUGAAUACGAAAUCUCUGCAAGGAAAUUUAUUGACUGGAUUGAUAAGAUCGAAAAAAUCUUAACCAACAGAGAAACUGAGAGUUCAAAAGCCAUUGAACGACAAGAGAUUGUCAAAGAUAUAAAAGCCAAAUAUUUAUCAUAUGAUGAUCAAUUUCAAAACUUAGUUCAAACAGGUCAUACAAUAACUACCCAAUUAAAAGAAACUAAUGAAGAUUCAAGUGAACAUGAAAUUACUUUGAAAAACUUAGAACAACGCUGGCAGGCACUUUUGAAACAAAUUCUUACUUGCGAACGAGAUGCUGAGCAAUUUCUUCUUCAAAGUAAAUUUGAUGAAGAAUAUCAAGCACUCUCGAACGCAAGAAGCGAAUACCAAACCUGGAUUGAUUCACAUCAAUCUCUAAGCUCAACCGCUGAAAUGCAGGUGAAAAUCAAAAGUUUUCAAUCGUUCAAUGAACGUCUUAGUGUUCUACGAUCGAUGGCAGAACGUCUCGAUACGAAAGCUGCUGUGCGAAUGGAUCAGUUGCAACGAUCGUGGAACGAUACAAACACACGACUACGUGAGUUAAGUAAACGCGAUAGACGUAUGCCGCAGCCGUCUGAAACAAACGGUAUCGAUUCGAACGCCACUCGUCGUGGUGGUCUCUCGUCGAUACCACUCAGUCCAACACGAUCAAGAAUUAACGAACAUUCAUCAUCGUCAUCGACCACAGCAACAUCAACAACGACAUCUAACACUAGUUCAUCAGCAGUGCCAAAUGAAAAUGGAGACUUAUUUACGCUGACAAAUUAUUACACAUUCGGCGACAAUGGCCAACCAAAGAAAACUGCUUCAACCGACAAAUAUCGUAUCGAUUCAGUUGUCGAAGUAUUCGACUCACCCACGACACCGCAUCCAGUGGAAUCAGCAGCAUCGUACCGCGAACAAUUCUCAUCAACAACAGCAUCAUCACGAAAAGUACUUGUCAACAGUGAUGUAUUCGAUUUUGAUACAUCGCGUACUCCUCAUUUCUCUGGAUCGGCGAGUGCAACACCAAUCAAACUUCUCACAGAUGCAACUGGAAACUCUUUGCCGCACAGUAUCUCACCGACUUCAUUAUCAUCGUUACCUGCAAGUUGUAUCGAUGGUCAACGUAAAUUACGUCAGUGGCUUGAGCAAGUCGAACAAUCCUUAUUGAAUGAUAAAGUUCGCGUGGUCGAUUUGAAAGCAAUUGAUGCAAAAAAGAAAGUCUACAAAGAUUUACUCGAUCAAACAUUGGAACAAGAACAAUCAAUCGAACAAUUAAACGGUAUUGCUCGAGAAUACUAUCCUAAGUUAGCUACCGAUGUUAGUCGACGUCUUCAAGAAGAAUUAAACAAUUUUAAAGAUCGUUUAUACGAUGUAAAAAUGUUCUUAAGCGAACGUUUAGCAAAAUACAACCGAGUUGAUAAGACAUUAAGCGAAUUUGAAAGAACGAUUGAAGAAGUGAAAAUUUGGAUACGCAAUGCUCAACCACGUUUGGCAGCGAGCGAUGCUGCGUUCACAGAUGCACGUGCACUUGAAGAUCAAUUAGGUCGUAGUCAGAUUCUUCAACAUGAAAUUCGUGAAAUGCAAACGACCAUCAAUCGAUUGAAUAAGGACGUGGUCGAUUUGACGCAAGAUGCUGAUGAAAGUUUAGCUCGACAUCUACGAGAUGAAAUGAAAGAAUUAAAUGAAGGCUGGAGUCAUAUUAUAAGCUCGACAAAAGUCUAUUCAAAAAAUAUUCAAGAUGCUUUGAAACGCAAUAAAGUUUUGCAUGAAGAUAUUCAAGAAAUUGAAGAUUGGAUCAUGGAUAAGGAACGUGAAGCACCUGCCGAUGACGGACCUAUCUUCUAUCAAGAACAACUUCGAGAACGCUUGGAUCAGUACCAAAAACUCCAAGCAGAAUUGAAUCAUAAAGAACAUACUGUACGAAAUCUGCUCCAACAAGGUCGUCACGAUAUAAAUUCUUCAUCGGGCGGUACACCUGAGCUAGCGCAACAGUUGGAAACACUAGUUUCCAAUUGGGGAAAUCUUCAGAAAAAAGUCGAUACAAAAGUGGCUUUCUAUGGUGACAUUUAUACAUUGCAUGAAGAAUUGAAAAAUAUCCUCCAUCAAGAAAAUGUUUGGCUUGAUGCUUUGCAGAACAAAGUUUUCUCAUCCUCAAAUAACGGUGCCGAUGCGGAGGAAAUCUCCGAAGAACUGGAUAUUUUGGAACGUUUUGUAAAGACGCAUUCGAAGAGUAACUACGAGAAGAUCUUUGAAAUAGCCGACCGUCUCCAAGCAACAAAAGUUUCCAUCCCAGCUACGAACAGUCAAAUCAAUCAAUUCCGUAUUCGUUGGGAUCAAUUGCAUGAUGAUGCAUUUAAAGCAAUCCAUACACUCAAUUCGCAAAUCUCCGAUUAUCAACACAUGGGCCAUCAAAUCACUGCAAUGUUCGAAUGGAUGAAACAUACCGAUAACACUCUCAACGCUCGGCUGAAAGAUGAUGUCUAUGCUGAUGAUGUUCCCGGCGAAGCCGAAAAAUUGAUUGUUGAAUUCAAUCAAUAUGAAGCAUUUCUGCGUAGCAUCGAUGAUAAAAUCCAUGCUUUACGUGCUACAGCGAAAACUGAAGCUGCUAAGCGUCUGGAACAACAAUUAUCAUUGCUUAAAAACCAAUUUUUGCAAUUGCAAAUGAAAUUUCGUCAAUUUCAAAAGCCAUCCGAUUUCGAACCUAAACAUGCCCGAAUGCGUCAAAUAUUAAACGAAAUCGAGAGUAAUAUUCAUAUUCUUGAAGUUCGUUCGGAUGAUCCGGAUGUCAUCCAUAGUCAGUUUGAAGACUGCUUAAAACUCUAUCGAACUUUAUCAGAUAUCAAAGCCGAAGUCGAAUAUGUCAUUCGUACAGGUCGUCAUAUUGUCGAGAGAAAACAGAUCGAUGAACCAGAUGAAUUAAACAAACAAAUUGAUCAAUUGAAAGCUAAAUACAAUACUCUUGGAGCAAAGGUAGCGGCAUCGAGGAAUUUACUAGACAGUGUCGAACGUCAUCUACGUAAAUUUCGCAAGGAAUAUUCACACAUUCAUGAAUGGUUUGUCAAAGCUGAUAAUGAAAUACGAAAGAUUGAAAAUAAACAAGUUUCGAAGAAUAUGAAAGAAGAAACUGAUUGGAUUCGAACAACACGAAAUGAUAUUAAAAAAUUGGAAGCCAACUUUGAAACAUUAAAAAAUUUAGAACGGACAAUCCAGAAGGAAGCUGAUCGACCUUUAGCAAGUCUUCAUGAAAAAACGGUGGAAUUGAAAAGACAAAUUGAUCAAUUAGAUCGACGACUUCGAGAUCGUUCAGAUAUAGUUGAGAAUAAGAAUAGAAUAAAGAAAGAAAGAAUGAGAACGGACGUCAAACGUUCGACGUCAUCCUAUUCUGAAACACCACGUCGUUAUCAUAAUUUACUUUAUAUUCCAUUUGGAUCUGGAUAUAGUGGAUCAUCAGGUACAUCGACGACAGCAGCAACAAAUCUUACCCCUAUUGAAUAUAUUAUCUAUCCGAUUGGUUUGCGUAAGGGUCAAGUACGUAAACUCGAAGAUGAUUACCAAAGAUUCAUCCAGAUUCAUCAAGACAUUAUCAUACGUUUGGAUAAGUUAGAAGCGUCACUAACUGAUGCUGAACGUGUAUUUGACUUUACUCGAAUUACGCACGUUCAAGAUGAACUUCGAAAUGUCCGAAGUCAGCUUGACGAACUACUCACCCUCGGCCAAGAGCUUGUAUCGAAAAGUGAAAAAUACAGCAAACGUGUCGGACCUGAUAUUGAAACAAUUACAAGCAAAUUCGAAGGCCUACAACGUCGAAUACGUUCAAUGCAGGAAACACAGGAGAAACGUUCAAGAGAACAACACCAGUAUCAACAACAACAACAACAACAACAACAACAACAGUUUAGCACGACAGCGACAAUGAAUAACAAUGUACACGAGGAUCAUCGUGAUGAUCACCGUCAGGAAUAUUACACGGAAAAGAAACAUACGCGUGUUCAACAUACAUCGCGUCGUCGUUCACCGUCGGAAUCUUCGGAUAUCAGCACAGCUCACGGGGUGAUUGAUGAAGAAUUCAAAAAGAAAUAUUUACGUUGUUUGGCAUAUAUGAAACUAAUUGAACGGUUAUAUGAAAAUCAUCAAGAAAGUGAUGACGAAGUGGAUACGUACAAACGAAGACUAUCCAGACGAGAUCAAGCAUUUCGAGAACGUCCAGAAUGUGAAGAAAUCGAACAGAUUAUACGUGAAACCGAAGAACGAGCGUAUCAUAUUGAAAAGACCGAUGUCGAACAAGCCAAUCGUAUCCGAGAGAAGAUUCGUCGAUUGAGAGAUUGUUUGGAAAACCUCAAAUAUCGCUCUCAACAACAGAAUAACGACGAAGUCAUACGAUACAAUGAACGAUACGAAGAACAUGUUAAAACAACAGAUAGAACAGUACCAAAAGAACGGGAAUUCGAUUCUGACUUCAUCUAUGAUAUCGACGAUACAAGAUCAGUCAUUAGUGAACCAGCUCCACAAUUCAAUACGAAAUACCGCAAAACAAUUCAUUCGCUUGAACGUUAUAGAACGGAAGAUCAAUCCCGUCAGGUUCCAUCUAAUGAAGAAUACCAUCUACAACCAUUGUUACGUGUGCGAAGUUUGAAAGCUAUUGAUCAUCGUACACUGAGCGCUCCAUCUUCGCCUGUUUUACAACCACGUUAUCGAUCACACGAACGUUCGAAUGCUCAAUAUCGAACACAUUCGACGAAUCAACAAAGUUUUCAAGAAAACUUUCAAAAUUCGAUAUCGAAAUCGGCCAGCUUACCCAACGGUGGUUUUCCUGUUCAAGUUGCUGCUUCUAUUCCUCAACAACCAGUCUUAGUUCGUGAACGUGUCAUCGACCGACAUGUUGCAGAGCGAAGUACAUCACGAAAUGAAUCCCACCGACAACAGCAACAGCAAGAAAAUGCAAGCAUGCAAGCACGUUCAUCUCAUGCUAGUAGUGGACAAAGCCAAACACUCAAUCGAGCAGUCCCUAUUCGUUAUGAAACAUCAAACAUGGGCACCAACAGCGCUUCAUCCAGUUAUCGCCACGCUAAUGGUUAUCGGCAAGACCAGUAUCCGACAUAUUUCUACCAAGAACAAUACGGAGGAGGAGGAAGUGGCUCCAGUAGUAUUGGCGGAAGUUACCGACAACAAGUCUAUCCCACACAACCUAUUGGACCACAUCCUACUCGAAUCGUGAACUGA